CCCACAGGUCCAGCAGGUCCCGCAGGUCUGACAGGUCCAUCAGGUGCAACGGGUGAACAAGGCGUGAAAGGAGAAAAAGGUGAGCCAGGAAUGCAACCAAGAAUGCCACCACCACCACGACAUCCACGGCACGUAAACUGGAAGCAAUGUGCUACGACUGAAGGUUCAGACGAACAAAAUGGAGUAUUGCUCAGCUGUCCAUUCAAUAAACAUCGUAGUGAAUCUGCACUACAUGUGGAGUUCGGAGGAACUCUACGAACGAUGCUCAAUCUUUGGGCUACAAAUCCACGUGUUGUUUGUGCUCGAUGGUACUUUACAUUUGAUGGAGAAGAAUGCCAACCGCCAAUUGAUGGGGUUGUGUUUGAGGGCCAAAAAGGCAAUUCACAUUAUCCACACCAAAUCGGUGGUUUUUGUCAAAAGACGAUGGCAGACCAAGACAUCACAAAAGGUAUGGUUAACAUCGAAUUUCGCAUUGGGAACUGCCAUCAUGAUGGCCUACAAGAGAAAGGCAUCACUUAUCUUGGCUUAGAUUCUGUUUCACGAGUAAUAAUCACAGAAAUGCCACCACCUCAAAAGUAAAGUUGGUUUGUGAACUCAUGUGUGACUGAUGACUUUUGUGCUAGUUAGCUACACACAGCAAAGCAUAGUUUCUACGUAUCUAGCAGUCUGCCAUUCUGUUGGUGUUCAUUAUUUCACUAAGCAGUUAGAUUAUGCGUCUUGCUGAUGACUGGCAUAAGCAAACGCUGUUGCAAAUUGAAAUGC